GGGAGGUUUGCUAGUAGUGACUAAGUGAGCGGAACCCGGUUUGCUAAAGUCUACCGCUGCUCAGCCGUUGUUGGUCAAUCUGUUGUCAGAAUGACGUCGCUCUAUCAUCAGUCAGUAGUUUAGUUCUUGUUGAGUGAAUCUACCGUUUCCGUCGCACGUGGAGCAUCGAGCGCGUGCCGCUACGCUAGCUUUGGCACAACUGUUGCUGAAUGACUGUCGGAUUCACGUCGUCAAGUUUAAGUUACGGGAAACGCGGGUGGGUUUCGACGAACUCGGCUGCGUCGGAACCAACGCCGAUGUCGUGUUCGACAGAGAUGUGAGCGUUUCGGUAACAACCAAAGAAGCAGGUCUCAACCCUAAUGCCAAAGUUUGGCAAGGCAUCCCAGUCCAGCAGAAUGAAAUCCCAGUGGAAGCAGAGGAUAGUCCCUGGUUGCAGACUUGUCCUCCAGCUUCUGACAUGACUGAAGGUAAAGGAUUCUACUCAGACCAUGUGAACAUCACAGAGGACCACUCCCCUGAGUAUGACGGUGACUCGCCUGACACGGAGUGUGUGGUUUUCAACUCUCAUGGUGAACCUGCAACAGACCUGGAAGUUUCUAAGGAACAGCCAAUGACGGAAGAGAAUUUACGACAAGCACUCAAGUGUCGGCUUGAGUCUUGUUUUAGUAGGGAGAAUCUGUCUAAGGAUCUGUACCUCAUAUCCCAAAUGGACAGCGAUCAGUUUGUUUCUAUCUGGACUGUUGCUUGUAUGGAGGACAUCAAAGCUCUCACCUCUGACACGGACCUAAUUCUGGAUGUACUGAAAGCUUCUCCUAUGGUGCAAGUUGAUGAAGCUGGGAAGAAGGUUCGACCGAAUCACAGCCGCUGUGUUAUAAUUCUCAGAGAAAUCCCAGAGACUACCCCAGUGCAGGAAGUUGAAGCUCUAUUUCAGAGUGAAAACUGUCCAAAAGUGUUGAGGGCUGAGUUUGCUCACAACAGCAACUGGUACAUUACAUUUCAGUCCGAUCUGGAUGCACAACAGGCUUUUAGAUACUUGCGAGAGGAUGUGAAAAUGUUUCAGGGGAAACCGAUCAUGGCUCGUAUAAAGGCUGUAAACACGUUUUUUGGAAAGAACGGCUUCCAUGCCAUGGAUUCAGUGAUGUACCAGCAGCAGCAGCAGCAGCAGCCGCCGCCGCCGCCGCCUCAGUGCGACUCUCCUGUCUUCAUGCAGCAGAUAUUCAACCCUCAGCAGCAAUUCCCUGUUUAUCCUGUUGUGUCUCCUUCCUGGAACGCUGCAGUCGUUCCUCACUUUGAAAUGCCACUGGCUCCUUUUCCUAACAGUGGCUUCAGGAACACCUACAGUGGUGCAGACGCCUACAAAGCAAACUCCAGCGCCGUUAACGGCCACCGCCCCAGUAGGAGUAGAAGAGGCAUUCGCAGAAGCAUGAGAAGUGAAGAUGAGCAUGUUAAGAGACUCGUCCCUGUUCUGGAGGAAAAGUCUCCAAAGUUUGACUUUGAAGCUUCCAGCUUCCCUCCUCUUCCGGGAUCUGUGGUCACAGUGCAGGAGCAGUCUGUGGCAGAGGUGCGCCUAUCCGAUGUCGUACGUGGCACAAAGGUUACAACCAAGGCUGUGAGCCACGACGUCGCUGUGAUUCAAAACCCAAAGCGCUCUGAAAAAGCCGCCAGCAUCCAGACUGCUGUCCCACGACCAGAAACAAGCCCCUCACUUGCAAAAGAGCAGGACAGCGACCCUCCUGUCCUGAAGAAGGAGAACGUGUCUUUGCAGACCGUUCCUCCAGCAGCAGAACGGGUCUCCGACUCGUCCAGCCAGGAGGUGACCUCACAAAAACCUAAUGCAACACCUGAACAGGAGCCAAAGAAGCUCAGCUAUGCACAAGUGUGUCAGAGGCCGGCUAAGGAACCGCCCCCAGCACAGACUCCCUCUCCCCCCCCUGCAAACCCUCCAUCCAGUCAGCCUCUGCAGGAGCUCAAGGUCAACACAGUGGAGGAAGGUCCACUCGGCUCCAGGCAAACGUCAGAGAAAGGCGGCGAUAAAAGGCCCCACCGCAAACCGUCACACAGCCUGAGAGAAGCUCCCGCCAGAGGAGGAGCGUCUGCCCCGAGGAGGCGGGAGCAGCAGAAGGGCUUCAGUCACAGCAAACGGUUCCCCCCUCAGCAGGGAUCCAGACUGAGUGGGAAGGAGCAGAACAUUCCCCCAACCCACUAAAAUGGCUUUAAAGACACUGGAUGGAUACAAGACGGAACCUUAAACAAAGAUUAGAGCGUUAUAUGAAUGUAUAAAAUGUGUACAUAGAAAAUCGGGUAUUUUAUUUGACAAGCAGAAUUUAGUUUGAUACUCUAAGUAAAAUAUAGUAGUGGGCGGCACAGGGGUGUAGUGGUUAGCACUGUCACCUCACAGUGUGAAGGUCCUGGUUGACGUGUGGAGUUAGCAUGUUCACCGUGUUCAUGUGUGGGUUUUCUUCCUCCCACAUUCCAAAAACAGGCUCCGUAGGAUGAUCUCUAAUUUAACCUCAGGUGUGUGUGGUCCUGGAACAGACUGGGGACCUGUUCAGGGGGCACCCCCCCCCCACAUUAGCUGGGUCGGCUCCAGCAGCCUCGUGACCUGGAAAGGGUCAGCAGAUGGUUGGAUGUCCAUGUGUUGUUUCUUACGUUCAUCCAGCAGUAUUCUGCCAAGCUAUCCAUCAUUCCAACAGAGAAUCAUGAUCAUGUUUCUCAUAGUGAGAACAUCAUUCUGUGAAGAGAGACAUGAUGUCCAGGACUGUUGACAUGUCAGCCUGGACUUCUGUCCAAUUCUGGAUGGCACGUCCACCACACACAUUUUGAUCUCUUCAGUCUGGUUUUCAUGAUCAUUUUAUGACUUUUUAAGCUAAUUUAUAUAUAUAUUUUUUGAUCUUAAGUAGUUUUUUGUAGGCAUCUUCCUGUCCUCUUUGAGACUCAGGAUGUUGAAUGAAUUCUGCUAAGAUGUCAGUGUUUCUUAGUGGUAGCAGUUGAACUAAAAUCCUCUGUCUGAUGCUGAACAGGUCUAUUCAGCAGAGAGCUGAAGCAGACGUACAGCAGUGUUGGUGCUUUGACCGGUCAGUCCGUGUCGUCAGGUUGCUGCAUUCUGGUGAUGUUUGGCCGUCUGUGAUGCCCAUUUAAUGACCCAUCUUGGCCGAUGUUGCUCCUGCUCUUAUGUAACAUGCAGUGGCACAUAUUUUCAGCAUGUCAGAGUGAUUUUUAAAACUGUUUCUGCAUGUUUGCAUUUCUGUGUUGGAGGGGGGGGGGGGGGGGGCUGUAGGUAUUUAAAGCUGUGCUAACAUGGAUUUAAUAUCCAUGCAUCAUUUUGGUUUUGUGAUUAUUCAAAUCAAAUAUGUAAAGUGGGUGAGAAUCAAUACAUUUUCAAUAGUUAAGCUUUUACAUUAUAGAAAUAUUAGAAGAUCUUAACGUUUGGAGAAAACUUAACCUGCCUGACUUAAGCUUGUUUUAUUUUUAUGUAGAAUGGUUUUCUUUUUUCUUUUAGCAGUGUAUAAUUGCUAGAAUAAAGUCCUUUCUUUUUGUUAGUUUCUGUAGUUGAAGCUAAUAUUUCAUGAAUGCUGCCACUCUUUUAUGGCUGGGAUAAGGACUGUGUUCGCCAGAACCUGUUUGUGUAUUUCUGCCCAAAAAGGUUUUUCUUUUUUUCUCCUUUUCAGUCUACAUAGUAGACUGAAAAUACAAUCCUGAAAAUGAUGCUUUUAGUUUGUAUUAGUCGAUAAAAUAAAGUGUGAGGGUCUGGAGAUUCCUGCUCUCUAGUGUGAAAAGGUCUUAGGGAAAAAAUAAAUAAAGGUCUGAUACAAAUUUAGAGUGCAAUGGCUAAUUUAAAGUACUGGGCACCUGGAAUAAAUAAAUGGAUAGAUAAGGGACCCUAAAGAAGCUAAGUCUGCUUUAAAUAAAUAGUAACACUUGUGUAUUUAGUCAUUUUGCUGUAGCUUUUUCAUUGAUAGCUAUUUUGAAUGGGACUAAGGUUUCAGAUGAAUGUAGUGACCACUGUGGAGCGGGUUCUGUGUGUUCAUGACCUUUAAGGUUUGUUUUACCAAACUGUCUGCAGCUGUUAAAGAUGCCUUUAUUUUAUAAACUUUUGUUUGUCUGUAAGUUAUACUCUAUUUGUAUUUUCGCCUCAUAUUCACCCUCAUGUUCUUGGACAUUAGCAGUCAUUGCAAAUAGAUUGUGAACAUCUAGGUUUUAUUUUAUUCUAAUGACCUCAAUGGUAGGGAAUUAACGGCACUUCUGUACUUGCAUUUGGAUCCUUACAUUUAGUCUUUCAGAAUAUUGUUUUACAGGAAAAUGCUGAAUAUUGCACAUGCAUGUUAAACCUGUUUCUGAAAAGUUUUGUCCAUAGAAGUAAAUAUGAGGCUAACAAAAUUAAUAUUAAACACUUUUAUGGAUAUGA